GGGGCGGGCCUGGCCGCUAUUAAAGGCGCUGCGCCGACAGUUGCUGUGGUGGUGUUGUUGAGUGCGUGUGGGGCUAUGGCGACGUAUGUGCAGCUGAACACCGGGGCCAAGAUGCCCAUCCUGGGGCUGGGUACAUGGAAGUCCCCACCAGGAAAAGUAACAGCUGCAGUGAUGGCUGCUAUUGAUGCUGGAUACCGCCACUUUGACUGUGCCUACGUGUACCAGAAUGAGAAUGAAGUUGGGGAAGGGAUCCAGCAAAAAAUCAAGGAAGGUGUUGUGAAACGAGAAGACCUCUUCAUUGUCAGUAAGCUGUGGUGCACAUUCCAUGACAAGCCUCUGGUGAAGGGAGCCUGCCAGAAGACUCUCGCCUCACUGCAGCUGGAUUACCUGGAUCUCUACCUCAUCCACUGGCCUCUUGGUUUUAAGGCAGGAGAAGAGCUGUUUCCCACAGAUGACAAAGGCAUGUCUAUACCCAGCAACACAGAUAUUCUACAGACAUGGGAGGGCAUGGAAGAGCUGGUGGAUGCUGGUCUGGUAAAAGCCAUUGGAAUCUCCAACUUUAACCAUGAUCAGAUUGAAAGAAUCUUGAACAAGCCAGGACUGAAAUACAAGCCUGCAAAUAACCAGGUUGAGUGCCAUCCAUACCUCACCCAGGAGAAGCUGAUCAAGUACUGUCAAUCCAAAGGGAUUACUGUGACAGCAUACAGUCCUCUUGGUUCUCCUGACAGACCAUGGGCUAAGCCAGAGGACCCUUCCCUUCUGGAUGAUCCCAAGAUUAAAGAGAUUGCAGCCAAGCACAAUAAGACCUCAGCACAGGUUCUCAUUCGGUUCCACAUCCAGAGAAAUGUGAUUGUGAUUCCCAAGUCUGUCACGCCACAGCGCAUUGUGGAGAACUUCAAUGUGUUUGACUUUGAACUGACUAAAGAUGAGAUGGCAACUAUUCUCUCCUUUAAUAGAAACUGGAGAGCCUGUGGAAUGAGCAUGUGCAUGAAUCACAAGGACUACCCUUUCAAUGCAGAAUACUGAAGAUGGUUUCCUGCCUUUCUCCAGACUUGCCAGAUAUGCUUCUGUCAUUGCCUGAGUUGUCUACAUAGCUUUCUUACUGCAUCAGACCUUCCUUUUUCCUUUUUUUUUUUCCCCACAAAGAUGCAAUAUAUGUACUCGGUGGCUUUGUGUUGCUUUCUUUUUUGGAAGAAGGAAAUGCUAAAAUGCUUCUGAAGAGCACACUGUUGUGGACUUGUAGAUUGUCUUUGCCAAACUGAAUGUCUGGAAUGGGUAAGCAGAAAACACUGAGGAAGUUUGGACAAGCAGUCACUCUUGGAAUACUGUGAACUGGAGCUAGUGGCUAUCAUUGUCUGGAAGGACUAGCAUAUUGGCAAAUAUUACAUAAUUAAUGAGGUCUGUUCUUUUCUGAUUACUUUCAGAUUUGGUUUUGUUUCUUUUUGUAAUGCUCCAGUCUUUUUUUUUUUCUCCUAUUGGAAGUACAAGUUGAUUUCCAAGUAGAGCAGUUUCUACAUGUGUAGCUCCUUGAAAAGUGCAUAGGUCCUUUUUUCUUGGUGAUAAAAAAGCUGGUUUUGCUUCUAAUAAAAUACAGUUUCAUUA